AUCAUCAUAGUCAUAUUGGCGAUUGUGAUACCUGUAGCUGUGGUCUUGUCCAACAAGAACAAAUCCUCUACAACAGGUGCAGCCAGCGCCACAUCAACUUCAUCAAGCUCACCAGCAAAUAAGAACUUAGAUGGCAUGUCAGAGUCAGAUAUACCGAAAGACGCUCAAGGAACAAUUCUGGAUCCCUUCACCUGGUACGACACUACAGAUUUCAACGUCACAUAUACAGCAGCGACUGUAGGCGGACUCUCCAUAAUGGGACUCAACGAUACCUGGGAUGACUCGACAAAAGCAAACGACAAUGUGCCUGCUCUCAAUGAGACUUGGGAGUACGGUAAGAUGCCAAUCAGAGGUGUCAACAUUGGAGGCUGGUUUAGCAUUGAGCCUGUCAUCACACCCUCCCUUUUCUCCGACUUCAAGACAAGCGAUGGUGUGAUAGACGAAUGGACACUAUGCAGCAAGUUGGGGUCAAGCAGAGCCCAAACAACACUUGAACAACACUACUCAUCCUUCAUCACCGAAGCAGACUUUGCGGCCAUUCAAGCAGCUGGAUUUGAUCACGUACGCAUACCUUUCUCGUACUGGGCAGUCACAACGUACGAUGGAGAUCCAUACGUCGCCAAAAUCUCCUGGCGAUACCUUCUCAGAGCAAUCGAAUGGGCUCGCAAAUACGGUCUCCGCAUCAAUCUCGAUCUGCAUGGUGCUCCAGGCAGUCAAAACGGGUGGAACCACAGUGGACACCAAGGCGCCAUAAACUGGUUAAACGGCACAGAUGGCACAAUCAAUGGUCAAAGAACUCUAGACAUCCACUCCCAACUAAGCACCUUCUUCGCUCAACCUCGCUACAAAAACAUCAUCGCCAUCUAUGGACUUGUCAACGAGCCCAAAAUGACAUAUUUAGAUGUUGACACCGUACUCACCUGGACAAAAUCCGCAAUUCAGAAGAUCCGCUCUAAUAACAUGACAGCGAUAAUAACCUUUGGCGAUGGUUUCAGAGGAUUGGACAACUGGCAAGGCGAACUCCAAGAUUUUGACAAUUUGCUGUUGGAUGUGCAUCAAUAUGUCAUCUUCAACAACCAACAAAUUGCGCUCGAUCACGCUGCUAAAGUCGAGUUUGCGUGUGGAGGUUGGACAAACCAGACUUUGAGGUCCAGCAAUAAAGCGACUGGAUUUGGACCUACAUUGUGCGGCGAAUGGAGUCAAGCAGAUACAGAUUGCGCCACAUAUCUCAACAACGUAGGUGUAGGAUCGCGCUGGGAAGGAACCUUGAACAUGGUAUCGACACCCGGCGGCUCCCUCGACGGCAGUGUGCUCAACCCUACCUGUCCCACCGCAAACUCCCCUCGCUGCUCUUGCACCAACGCCAACGCAUCGCCUUCAUCCUAUUCUGCGGCAUACAAGCAAUGGCUCCUCGACUUUGCAGAAGCGCAAAUGUACAGUUUUGAACAGGGGUGGGGCUGGUUCUACUGGACGUGGAAGACCGAGUCCGCAACCCAAUGGAGUUAUAAAGAUGGACUUGCUGCAGGCAUUUUGCCGCAGAAGACCUGGGAGAGGACGUUCAAGUGUGGGAAUGUACCCGAUUAUGCCGGCAUGGGGUUGCCUGAGAAUUACUAG